AUGUACAGACUAUCAAGUAAAGAUCAACGACAGAGAAUACAUACUCCCAGCAAUGAAGCUGCUCCAGGAUACACCCCAAAGGAGCUGGAGGCAAUCAGAGUGGCCUUGAAUCGAAAAUUAGGGCCUGAGUAUAUAAGCAAAAGAAAAGGGCCUGGUUACAACAGUGUUCAAUAUUUAGAAGGGUGGAAAGCCAUCAAUUUAGCUAACGAGAUUUUUGGACCAACAGGUUGGAAUACCGAAUUAAGAGAGUUCAAGGUUGAUUAUAUUGAUGAAAGAAAUGGUGCUAUCAGUUUGGGUUUGAGUUGUAUUGUUCGAGUCAUACUUAAGGAUGGGACUUUCCAUGAGGAUGUUGGAUAUGGCUCUAUUGAAAACUGUAAAGGGAAAGCUAUGGCAUUUGACAAAUGUAAAAAAGAGGCAUUCACAGAUGGUAUGAAACGUGCAUUACGACAAUUUGGUAACGCUCUAGGUAAUUGCUUAUAUGAUAAAGAAUUUUUGCAACAAAUUACCAAGGUGUCUAGGCCACCAACUGAGUUUGAUGAAAAUGAAUUGAUGAGGCGAUCGAGCACGGUUCCAGCAAAGCCAAAUACUCGGACAGAAAUGGCACCUGAUAUUGAUGACGGCAUUAAAGCUGACGGUAGAAAGCUAUUAGGUUCAAAUAUGAACUCAGCUACAAGUGUUCCAUCUAAUGCUCAGCUGCAUUCGAUAUCAGCAAAAUCAAGUAAAUCAACAAGUCAGCAAGCUUUGUCGUUACUCGAUAACAAGAAAAAAAGUCACGAGAAAAACUACAUUGUCAAUAAUCAAAAGGAUGAAGGCAAAUUUAGUGAGCUAGUGGAAGAAAGAAAUACUGGCAAAGAUAAGGAGGAACUUGAGGAUUCUUUUAUGUUUAGUGAUGACUGGCCUGAUGAUGAUGAUGUGGAUAAUGAAAUAUUAAAUAGUAACAAUUUCAACAAGGAAGAGGAGUUGCCACCAUCUGAUUUUGAAGGUGAUGUGGAUAUGAAUGCAUUUCAGGGAGAAUCGACUUUGAGCAACAUCAACAAGCCAGUGGAAAACAAAAUGGAUGGAACGAAGGCUAAUAACGAGACGGCAGACAUUAGUAAUAAUAGCUUCAAUUCUACGAGUAUGGUGCCUGAGCAAGUCACGUUUGUAUCAGCAACUAGUGCUGAUAGUGUUCAACAAGAUCCGACAUUGCAAAACUCGCUGAAAUACGAUCUCUCCUUCAACGGGAGGCAUUUAAAUAAGUCUUCUUUCAUUGUGCAUACAAAGUCACUUCCAGUGAAAAAAUCGCAAGUCCAGGCUGCCCUGGGAAAUAAAAGCAAAAGCAACACAGAGAAUAGUGAAGAUAAAAUCACUACAGCCCCUAGCACGGAGAUAACUGUAAAUACCAGUGAUGAUACAAACACUAAUACCCUUCAUCCUACCACCAACAGCAAGAAAAUGGAUAGAAAAAUCAAAAAUCGGAUCAAUGUCAACUUAAAUCCGAUGCAAACAUCGAAUGUAUCUUCUCCGCUACUAUCUAAGCGCUCGUUUGGUCUUCCGCCAGACAAACUCCCACAGCAACACCACCUGAAGCGCCAAAGAAAGUGA